AUGUCACUAUACUAUGAAGCCUCCGACAUACUAGCCAAUGCAGAGGCGAAAGGCGGAUCAUUGAAGAAUCGGAUCUUCGGCAAGAAAGACCUGAAAAGCUCACCUGGCGCUAUUUUCGCUUUGGUAGCAGAAACCACGAAAUGGAGUUCUGUAUUGAAAGAGGUCAUCGAGAAGAGUGAUAUUCUGAAACUCGAGAAAAAGUUGACACCGACUCUUGCAUUGCUUCUAGCUCAUGAUCUCAUUCUAGCUAAGAAGGGAGUCGCUGCUCCCAAAUCGCACCCUCUAAAUCUUGCCAUCUCCCGUCACAAGGCAAGACUCGGUGCUGAAUUCACCAAGUGUCGAAUCAAGGGGAGAUUUGCUACACUAGAUGCAUUCAGAACCCAUAUCAAUGCCGCCGCUGCAGACGAGAGUGCCGAGGCUGCUGCCAAUGGUACCAAAGCAUUCCAUCCGAGAUGGGUUCGUGUCAAUGCUGUGCGUACGUCCCUAGCAAAGGCAAAAAGCACUUUCUUCGCCGAUUUCACGACAGUCUCAUCACUCAAGGAACUUAGCACUACUCCUCGAGGUAUUUACUUCGACGAGCAUAUCCCCGGUCUUGUCGCAAUCCCCCCUGCGAUCGAUCUCUCCAAACAUGCUGCUUACCAUGCUGGUGAGAUCAUAUUCCAGGACAAAGCAUCAUGCUUCCCUGCCUAUCUACUGGAUCCUCAGCCCAAAGACGGUCAGGUCAUAGAUGCUUGUGCGGCUCCAGGCAACAAGACCACUCAUCUGGCUGCAAUCCUAUCGUCGCAAAAGUCAUACGGCCUGAAGGCUUCAGUUACUGCUUGUGAGCGCAAUCCAAUCCGAGCGCAGACGCUGGAGAAAAUGGUCAAACUGGCUGGUGCUGGAAAGAUCAUCUCCGUCAAGGCUUCGCAAGACUUCACCAAGUUGGAUCCUCGCUCUCAAGAAUUUGCCGAUGUUGGUGCUCUUCUCCUUGAUCCCAGUUGUUCGGGAAGUGGUAUCAUUGGUCGCGAUGAUACUGCGGUGUUGCAUCUACCAUCGCUACCUUCAACUGCUCCAGCAGCUCCGAGCAAGAAACGUAAGAGAAAGGCUACUGCAGUUGUCGAAGUGCCAGUCGUUGCUGAGACCAACGAUGAACUCAGCGAAGAAACCCCACAAGCAGUCGAGGACGAUGCGGAAAAGCUGAAGACGAGAUUGAACAACCUUGCUGGAUUCCAGCUCAAGAUCGUGCUUCAUGCUUUCGCCUUCCCAGCUGCGACCAAAGUCACCUACUCCACGUGUUCGAUACACGCAGAGGAGAACGAGAACGUAGUUGUCAGGGCUCUGUCCUCAAAGAUUGCCAGAGAGCGCGGCUGGAAGAUUAUGAGGCGCGAAGAUCAGGUUGAGGGUAUGAAGAAGUGGAGCAGAAGAGGCGACCCGGAAGCUUCAAGAGAGGCUCUCAAAGGUCAUGCAGGCCUCGAGGACGCGACUGUUCUCGCGGACGCGUGUAUCAGAUGCGAAAGAGGCACUGAUGAGGGUACCAUGGGCUUCUUCGUUGCCGGGUUCGUCAGAGAUCCUGACGCGGUCAUCACAGAAGCAGCUACAGAGGCUGUCGGAGUCGAAGACGAAGACGAAGAAGAAGAGGAUGAGGAAUGGGGUGGUUUCGACGACUGA